GAUUUAGGAAGUGUGUUUGCAGGGAUGUGAUUGGCAAUUGCAAGGGCCCUGUUACAGCGGAGCAGUUCCGCUGGCUUUUGCAGUCUGCUGCUACCAAAGAUCUUGGAGCAUCUGCUCUAACAUCUUUGGCCUUCUACCGUUCCCCGGUGGCUCGUAGCUCUGGGCGGCCGGAGAGGGAGGGAACAAGAAUGCAUUUGAUUCAAUGCAGCGGGGAGCGGGCGGACCGGAGCUGGAGAUAGAGUCAGGCUCAGUCAGGAAGACUGCAGGAGCGAUGGCCUCCUCCGCCUUGAGGCAACGCAAGGCGCAGCGGACCGGGGAAGAGGAGCCCCCGCCGCCGGUCGCUGAGACAGAGGAGCCGGGCAGGGGUCCGGCGAGGAGCGACCGCUCGGCCCUGCUGCUGCUGCUGUUCCUGUUCGGACUCGGGCUGGGACUGGCAGCCCUGGGCUGGAAAUAUUCAUUGGAAUACCAACGGGCCAAGCAAGAGGAUGCCCUGAAGUCACUUGGGAACGAAGGCUUGUUCUUGUUUUCCUCAUUUGAUGUCAACAACGACUUAUACCUCAGUCCUGAAGAAUUUAAACCCCUAGCUGAAAAAUUAACAGGAAUCAGCCAAGCGCCCGACUAUGAAAGUGACGGAGAGACGGAUCCUAACGCGGAGACGUUGACAAUCGAAGCUGAGUUCCAGCCUCUGAUGAUGGAAUCUAUGACCAAGAGCAAAGAUGGGUUUCUUGGAGUCUCCCAUGGCACCCUGUCUGGUCUGAGGAGCUGGAAAACUGCGGAAACGCCCACUGCUGUGUUCAGCACCAGCCUGUUUAAGGCCUUCCUCCCUCUGAAGAAUACAUUUGAGCUGGGAGAGGCGUGGUGGAUCAUCCCCAGCGAGCUAAACAUCUUCACCGGGUACCUCUCCAACAAUCGCUUUUACCCGCCGACACCACGAGGGAGAGAGGUCCUUAUUCAUAAACUUCUCGCCAUGUUUCACCCGCGGCCGUUUGUAAAGACGAGAUUUGCCCCGCAGGGAGCGGUGGCCUGUGUCCGAGCCGUCAGCGACUUCUAUUAUGACAUUGUGUUCCGGAUCCAUGGGGAAUUCCAGUUGAAUGAGCCGCCAGACUUUCCCUUCUGGUUCACGCCAGGACAGUUCACGGGACACGUCACCCUCUCUAAAGACGGAUCGCACGUUCGAGACUUCUGGAUGUACGUCCCCAAUAGCCGGUCUCUGAAUGUGGACAUGGAGUGGCUGUACGGGAUUGGGGACGGGGGCAACAUGGAAGUGGACAUUGGCUACCUGCCCCAGAUGGAACUCAAGUCUGCUGGUCCGUCAAUUCCGAGCGUCAUCGUGGACGAGAAUGGGAACGUCAUCGACAGCGUAGACCCCGCAGGGGAGCCCAUUCAGUUUGUUUUCGAGGAGAUUGUCUGGCGGCAGGAAUUCAGCUUCGAAGAGGCCGUCGGGAAACUGGAGACUACUUUUUAUCCGUUCAAAAAGGUUUCCUACCAUCCCUUCAUCGAAGCCUUCGACCGGGCCAAGGCAGAAGACAAGCUUGUGCAUUCCAUACUACUUUGGGGGGCCCUUGAUGACCAGUCCUGCUGAGGAUCGGGGCGGACUCUUCGAGAGACCGUUCUCGAUAGUUCGCCCGUUCUCUCGCUGCUGAACGAGAGCUUUGUCAGCAGCUGGGCCCUGGUUAAAGAGCUGGAGGAUCUUCAGAGCAACCAAGGCAAUGAAAAGCAUGCCCGUUUAGCAAGCCUGCAUUUAGAACACUAUAACUUUCCUGUUGAGAUGAUGAUCGCUUUACCAAAUGGAAAUGUGGUUCACCACAUCAAUGCAAACUAUUUCCUGGAUGUUACUUCCAUGAAGCAAGACGAGAUGGACAAAGGCCUCUUUACCUCUUCACGGUUCGAGGACCCUUCCACUGCAGCUUACGUCCAGUUUUUGCAGGAAGGGCUCGAAUUGGCCAAGCAGUUUGUACCGUCAUAACAUCGGAAUGAAACUGGGGAGUGAUCUCGCUGCUCCUCCCUUGCAUGCCUUGGUGCAUGGAUCUCGCUAACUAAAUGCCCAGGGAACCCAGUAAGUCGGACUUCAGAAAACCAAAUCGGAAACCCUGAAGCAGACGACUUUUGUAGCUGAAGUCUGUAUGAGGUAUAUGUUGCUCUUCAACCUCCUAAGAUGAUGAAUCAAUCGUUCUACGUAAAUAUUGCUGGGCGGAAUGAAGAGCUACAGUGAGAAACUAGUGUUGCUCUAGUUAUCACUGAAAGAUUUCAUUGUCGUUUUACGAACUCUCCUUCUCCCAUUAAUAGUCGGAGAAGAGGAAGUCAAAGAAAGAAAGUCAAUUUCAACACUUGUAAUCAGUAUU